GAUUAUUUAGGUACAAUGGGGAUGUGAAAUUAUUUAGAAUCUUAAAAAUGUUUACUAAAAGUAUUUUGAAAAACAAUUAUUUGAAUUUAAGAUUAAUAUUACGAACACAAAGUACCAUACCAGACCAAAAAAGUGUGCAGCCACCCCAGCCACACAAUAUAUCCAGUGACAUGAUCGGGCCUCCGGAUCCCGUUUCUAACUUAAGAAGAAUUGUGUUUAAAAAGCCAGAAAAUGAAACUACGCUUGAAAAGAAAUAUAGAGAAUUAAGAAUAGAAGUGCAAGAAUGGAACCAAAACUUUUGGACGCAGCAUAAUUCAAGGUUUUUCAAGGAACGUGAAGAUUAUUUGAAGAAAAAUCUUCCAGAAGGGAAAACAAAUCUUACUGCUGAUGAAAUGAGUGUUUUUUAUAAAGCCUUCUUGGACAAAAACUGGAAAGCUCACCUGGAUUACAAUAAAGAGUGGUAUAAGAAAAAUGUGACAUUGUUGGGUCUAGCCAUUCAAGUUAAAAUACAAAGGCUUCUGGGAAUGAAAGUUUCACUGUAACACAAAAUCUGUAAAUGAACAAUCAAGGUUUUUGUGGUUUAUUGGAGAAGUUAAUGUGUUUGGAAUUAUGAUGUAUACACUACAAAUUUUGCUUUUUGGUAUUGGUAUUCUAGUGUGGAGAAGUAGGAUAUAUUGGCAACAUAAAAUUAAAUUACACAUUGUCUCUAUCUUGAAA